GAACGAGAACGGGAACGGGAACGGGAGCGCGAUAGGGCACGCGAUCGGGACCGCGAGGCGGAGCGACGGAACCGAGAGAGGGAGCGCGAAGAGGAAAGUAGGGCUCGGGAACGAGCACGGUUGGAGAAAUUGGCGGAGCGGGAGCGCGAGAAGGAGCUCGAAUCCAUCAAAGAACAGUACCUUGGUUCGAAGAAGCCGAAGAAGCGCGUGAUCAAGCCCAGCGAGAAGUUCCGUUUCUCCUUCGACUGGGAGAACACCGAGGACACAUCUCGCGACAUGAACUCCCUCUAUCAGAACCCUCACGAGGCUCAGCUCCUCUUCGGCCGCGGCUUCCGCGCCGGCAUGGACCGCCGCGAGCAGAAGAAGCUCGCCGCCAAGAACGAGAAGGAGAUGCGCGAGCAGAUCCGUCGCAAGGACGGCGUCGAGGAGAAGCCCGAGGAGGCCGAUGCCCAGCGCCGCAAGGAGGCUGCUGCCGACCUCUACGACACCUUCGACAUGAGGGUUGACCGCCAUUGGAGCGAGAAAAAGCUUGAGGAAAUGACGGAGAGGGAUUGGCGUAUCUUCAGGGAGGACUACAACAUCUCCUACAAGGGUUCCAAGAUACCUCGCCCCAUGCGGAGCUGGGUAGAGAGCAAGCUCAGCAAUGAGCUUCUGAAGGCGGUGGAGAAGGCUGGGUACAAGACCCCUUCCCCCAUUCAGAUGGCUGCAAUUCCCCUUGGCUUGCAGCAGCGUGAUGUCAUUGGCAUUGCCGAGACCGGUUCCGGUAAGACUGCUGCUUUUGUUCUUCCCAUGUUGAGUUACAUUACUAGGCUUCCCCCCAUGAGUGAGGAGAAUGAGGCUGAGGGUCCCUAUGCUGUUGUUAUGGCUCCGACUCGCGAGCUUGCCCAGCAGAUUGAGGAUGAGACUGUUAAGUUUGCUCAAUAUCUGGGUAUUAAGGUUGUCUCCAUUGUUGGUGGUCAGUCCAUUGAGGAACAAGGGUUUAAGAUUAGGCAAGGCUGUGAGAUUGUCAUUGCUACUCCAGGUCGUUUGAUAGAUUGUUUAGAGCGGCGAUAUGCUGUGCUGAACCAAUGCAAUUAUGUUGUUCUUGAUGAGGCGGAUCGCAUGAUUGAUAUGGGUUUUGAGCCACAGGUGAUGGGUGUCUUGGAUGCCAUGCCUUCCAGCAACUUGAAACCUGAGAAUGAAGAUGAGGAGCUUGAUGAGAAGAAGAUUUAUAGGACCACUUAUAUGUUCAGUGCCACCAUGCCUCCGGCAGUGGAGAGGCUUGCUAGGAAGUAUCUGAGGAAUCCUGUUGUGGUGACCAUUGGCACUGCCGGAAAGGCAACUGACUUGAUCAGCCAACAUGUGAUAAUGAUGAAGGAAUCUGAGAAAUUCCAUAAGCUUCAAAGGUUGCUUGAUGAGCUUAAUGACAAGACGGCAAUUGUGUUUGUUAACACCAAGAAGAAUGCGGAUAUGGUUGCCAAGAAUUUGGACAAGGAAGGGUAUCGUGUGACUACAUUGCAUGGAGGGAAGUCGCAGGAGCAGAGAGAGAUUAGUCUAGAAGGGUUUAGGACCAAGAGAUACAAUGUUCUUGUUGCCACAGAUGUUGCUGGACGUGGUAUUGACAUACCCGAUGUGGCUCAUGUGAUAAACUAUGAUAUGCCUGGGAACAUUGAAAUGUACACGCACCGCAUUGGGCGUACUGGUCGUGCAGGAAAGACUGGUGUGGCAACAACAUUCCUCACUCUUCAGGACACUGAUGUCUUCUAUGACCUCAAACAGAUGCUUAUUCAAAGCAACAGCCCUGUUCCACCUGAAUUGGCAAGGCACGAAGCCUCCAAGUUCAAGCCAGGGACUAUUCCCGACAGACCACCUAGACGAAAUGACACUGUGUUUGCACAUUAGACAACUUUUUUGGCUUCAUGGGAAUCCGCUUUGCAGGUCAUACGAGGUUUUGUUCAGCAAUGAGCAUGAGCAUGAGCAUGAGCAUUUUGCGGGUCUUGUAUAAAAUUUAGGUACAACAGACUUUUUAUUCUGUUAUUGUUGUUAUUAUUGUAUCUGUAUUCAACUUAGCAAGAGCUCAGAGUUAUUAUCCUGCUUAUUAUUUCUAACAGGAAUGGGUAAUUUUAGAUGAGGACCACAACUUAUUUUUGCUCCUUGGUUUUAAUUUUUGUCAUCAGAUUCUUGUGCUACAAACGUUGCUGUCUUAUUUUUAAUAUCUGUUACCACUUGUUAUAUAUGU